CUAAGUUCGGGGGUAACCGAACAUUUUAUACUCUCGCAAUUUAUUGAUAUAGUUUUAUUAAGAUAUCACAGCUUUCACUUUUCACACUUUUGAUAAGCCCUCAUUUUCUGAACCGAUUUCACUUAUUUUCAUCACCAAGGUACACUAUAUCCAGGACGCUCACUUAAUUUUGCUAAGAUAUCUCACAUAUUAACCACUAUAUGCGGAAUAAGGCCCACCGUAUUUUUUUUUUUUAAAUUAUAAUUAGGUAUAUGGGAGGUAGGAGAUGUUAUGGCCCGAUGUUAAUAAUUUUUGCAACAGAGACACACUAUUAGACGAAAAAAAUUUCCUCUGAGUUACACUAAGUUAUCUGAGAGAUUUACCCAUAUUUUCGGAUAAAAAUACGCUUGGGCACUGAGUUCAUCAUGAAUUAUUUCGAUAUAUGGGGUCUUGAAAACCUAUGGUCCGAUUUUUAGAAAGGGGCUGCCACACUAUAAAUGCAGCAUUUAUGCAAAGUUCUGUUCCGAUAUUUUCAAUAGUGCUUACUUUACAUUUUGUAAAGUAAACUAUUCAGCUCGACUUCAAAGUUCUGGUAUAUAGGUAUAGGCCGAUUUGGCCUAUUUUCACAACAUAUCAGUGGGAUGCAAGGAAAAUAUUACAAACCGAGUUUAAUUCAUAUUGGUCGAGUAGUUUCGGAGAUAUGGUUUUUGACCCAUAAGUGAGCGGAGCCACACCCACUUAAAAUUUUGUAAACCAAUUUGGAUGCAGCCCUUCUGUACCUUCUUUAUAAUGGAAUUUAAGGUUUCUGGUAUUUUCACUUACUGAAUUAAAGCAUUUUUAUUAGUUUUCAACAUAACCUUUCUAUGGGCGGUGGUCGUGGUUAUAAUCCGAUUACCUACCUAAUUAAAAGAAACGAUUCUAGAAAGUUUGGUUCAUAUAGCUUAAGAAGUUACGAGAUAUAUAAAAAAACUUAGUAGGGGGCGGGGACCCGCCCACUCCUCCAUAAAAAUUACAUCCACAUAUGCCCCUUCAUAGUGCGAUACUUCCUACCAAAUUUUAUUUGCAUAGUUUUAUUUAUUGCUUAGUUAUGGCACUUUAUGUGUUUUCGGUUUUCGGAAAUCGUUUAGUUUUAUGACUUACGAACAACCGUUAUGUGAACAAAACUAUAAUACUCUCUUGUAACAUCUGUCAUGUAAGACAAUUUAGAUUAUGUGUAUCUAUGCUUAUUUUAUGUUUAUUAUUUAUGAUUUUUUAGUAUCUUUAUCAUGUAAUUAAUAAUAUUUUAUUAUAUUUAUUAGGCGUGUUUUAUUUGACCACCACAAGCUAAUAGCUAAAUCAUGGACAAAUAAAACGCAUUUAGCUUAUUUCAUAUCUUCGCUUAAAAAUGAAUUGUGUUGGCAAUGCGGGCCCGAACUCUCAGCUGAAAUGUAAUUUAUUUGAAAAAAAAAAAGUUGAAUUUAUAAAUCAAAAUUCCUUUUGUUUACCGCUUUUCUAUAAUAUUCUGAGCUUUUAAGGAAUCUACAAUCAUUAUUAGAUCCGGGAUGGUCUAAAUAAAUAUGGAUAAAGUUCGAUAGAAUUUAAAAUUUUGGUUUGUUUACAUUUUUAUCUGUCAAAAUGGGGUUUCUCGCUAUUGCCAACUACAUUUUUUUGGAAAAAAACCAACUAUUGUGAAUGAAAAAAAACGAUGAACUGGCAAUGGCUCUAGUUCAAUAUACAAGCUAUGAUAGCUUAUGACAAGCCAACAUAAUUAUGUUGGCUAAGUCUUCCAUACAAAAUAAGGUAAUAGCUUAAUUUGCUGGUCAAAUAAAACACGCCUAUUAUUUUAAAAGUAUUUUUUUUGAACUUCGAAUCCAAAUAUUUUUAUUUUGGUGGCGAAAUUGGAAAAUUUUUUUUACUUAUGUAUGAGUAUACUCUUAUAUGUAUUGCCAAAAAAAUUUAAAUAUUGUUAUCCGCCAAACAGAAGGAAACAGGCAACGGUUAUAUGAAGCUGGAAACAUUUCAGAAUUAUUUUGAAAAGUUUUUGAUUUAGAAAUGUCUGUACUAGUGAAACGUUUAGUUCUCUUUAUGGCCAGUAAUAGUGAUUCUCUAAUAUAUAAUUGUAAACUUUCCUUUUAAGAAAUAUAUAUGUAUAUAUACUAUAUAUUUUUAUUCAAGACUUAAAUUUCGUUAUGAAUUAUAUGAAUAUAUGAGCAAGAAGCAAUUUUUAUGAAGAAAUUAUAGCCUCAAAUUGAUAAACAAAAUCUAUACACCACUAGUGACUUAACAUUGCUCUCCAUUUUGUAACCAAAAUAAUACUGCAAAGGAAUUGUGUCGAAAUUCAACCGAAUAAUUUGAAAGCCGAAUCAAUACAAAUAAGAAAUAGUACAAAGGAUGUAGCGAAACCGAAACUGAAACCGCAGCAAACUGGAACAUUGGCUUUGUCUGCUGCAUUCAUUAAAAUUGUACAUUUAAUAAUUGGUUGCAAGAGAUAUGGCUUAUAAGCCUGUCCAAAAUUAUCGUUUGCUUUGACAUAGCAUUUUGGGUACUUUUGUUAACUUAUUAUUUUUUUUUGUUAAUUUUGCAGUUAUGUUUUUUAAUUCUACAAUAAGUUAAUGUCGAUAAGUCACGCAAGUUUGCUUACAAAAUUUUAAUUAUUAUAUUAAAACAUUGAAAAUAUUUCAAAUCCCAUUAUGCCUGAAUUCACAUAAUAAAAAUAUCUUACGUAUUUGCAUACUCGACGUGACUUUGAUACUUAACUACAACAAUAUUAUACAAUAUAAUAUAAUAAUCUAAAUAGACGAUUAAAUGUAGCAUAUUAUUAUUAUCGCAUUUAUUUCACUCAUUCAUAUAGCGCAGUAUCUAUGUAUAAAUAUACAAUUCCACAUAUAUAUACUAUCUACUUUACUAUCUGUCAGAGGCAGAGUAAUGAAAAUAUAUAAUGAAAUAUCUGUAAAUAUUAUAUAUUAGUGCGUGUAAUUGCAGAAUGCAACGGAUAUGUAAUGGUGAAUGUAAUUGAUCUUCUCUAUAUGUCAUAAAUAUGAGUAAUAUAUAGAGCGGCUACUUUUAGAGAUAGUGCAAAUAGCGUAUGAGAGGUAACAAAGACUAAACCCGGCCGUAUCAUCAAGCACUUGAUAAUUUUUGAUUUCGUCUAUCUUUGAAAUUAAAAUGUUAGACUUUGUGCCCAAAAAAUUAUAUUUGCAAUUUUAGAUACCUUCCAUUAAAGACAUAAAAUUUUCUUUAUGCUUGUUUUUGGUUAACAUGUCAAUGUGAGAGAUCUGGACGAUCAAACGAUUGGAUAGACGUUACCACAGUAAUCACCGCUUAAAUGCCCCCUCUUAACAUGCACGAGUUUUGAGACACUUAAGCGGGAAAGACACUUAAAUGAAUUCCGCUUAAGUGCCUCGAGGUACUUACCACGCCUUUUCCCAAAUGUUUCGACCUAUUAUUUUUUCUUUUAGAAUGAAAAGCACAUUUAUUUCUUAUUAAUAACAAAAAUACUUUUUAAUGACAAUAAAUAUGAGAAUAAACAUAAAAAACUAUGUAGAUGUUUUACUUUUGACAAUACUCGGCGCAUUCAAUGUCAAAAAUAUUAAAAAGCAUUUAAAAGAGGAAAUUUGCAAACAAUUUUGUUUUUGUGGCUUAAAUAUUGUAAGCAUUUAAGCGGGAAAGGCACUUAAACGGAGGCUCUUAAGAGGGGAAUAUUAUAUUUGAAUUGAUAGAAAAAAUAACGAUGCUGCAAAAUAUGGUCACUUAAGCGGGAAAGGCACUUAAACGGGUGACACUUAAGCGGGGAUCACUGUACAUAAUACCUUUUGUGAUUUGAUCUAAUUUAAAAGGCUCAUAUAGGCUUCCAUUUAAUUCAAUCUGAGCUUCGAUAGUUCGAACUUUUUGGUAGUAAGAUUAUCUAACUUCCAUGCAAAAAAUUAUAUAAUAAAGCAGAAAUUGUACUUCUUAAAAUUGUUUCCAUGCACAGUUGAUAAUAAAAACGUUCAUUUUGUCCAUUGGUUUCGAACCUAUUAACCCUGGCAUGUCAGUCCCUUGCUAAUUGCAUACAAUUACAUCGAAUUAAUCUUAAGUGUUACUUUUUAUUAAAACCCGUUCUCUCUUUUAAAUGCAUAAAAGCACACUUUCCUGAGAGCAUUACGUCAGUCGGUUAUGUACUAUUGUGGCUACUGUUAAGUUUGUACAAUAAAUAUGAGCCGGAUUACAUUUGUAACAUUGACAUUAGCGGUGGCUGCGAUUGCACCAAGAUUCACGGAAUCGGCAAAAAUACUCGCUGUAUUUCCUUUUACGGGCCCAUCGCAGUAUAUGUGUGUGCAGUCGUAUUUGAAGACAUUGGCUGCGCGCGGACAUGAAAUCACUUCGGUAUCGGCAUUUCCACAAAAAUCUCCCUUAAAAAAUUUUCGUGAUAUAACAUUAAUUAAUGAAUACCAAGAUCAUGAUGAAUUCAUUAUCAGUGCGAUUGAGGAAAUGUCUGAAAGUAAAUUAAAUCAGUUACGUACCGUGAGGGAUUACGUAAUUAUGGGUUCCUUGUCAGUGCUGAAGAAUGAAGAAUUCCAACAACUACUGCGCUCCGAUGCCCAGUUUGAUCUCAUCAUUAUCGAAGUAGUUUGCCAGGAUUCUCUUUACGGUUUGGGUGAACAUUUCAGAGCGCCUAUUAUUGGUGUCUCCACAUUUGGCACAGAUGUUGUGAUCGACGAGUUGGUGGAUAAUAUUUCACCGGUAGCAUAUGUACCAUCGCCUACUGGUAAACAUUUGGAUCGUAUGAACUUCUGGCAACGCUUAGAGAACUUAUAUGCUUACACCAUGGAGCUACUGUAUAAUCAUUUAGUUAUAAUACCUGAGCAGCAGCGUUACUAUGAAACGUAUUUUCCUAAUGCGACAUUGCGCUUAACAGAUGUUCGUAGAGAUUUUUCACUUUUGCUGCUCAAUCAGCAUUACUCAUUGAAUUGGCCAAGUCCAUUAGUGCCGAAUGCAAUCGAAGUGGCUGGUAUGCAUAUUGAUCACAAACCAAGUAAAAUACCCGACGAUAUGGAAGCUUUUAUUAAUGCCUCCCCUAUAGGUGCUAUCUACUUCUCGCUAGGGUCGAAUGUUAAGAGCGCAAGUUUACCGAAACAUAAAUUGCAACAUAUUAUGAACGCAUUUGCCUCAUUACCCGUGAACGUGUUGUGGAAAUUUGAGAAGACCGAUCUAGUCGGUAAGCCAAGGAAUGUCUUCAUUAACAAAUGGUUUCCGCAAUCAGAUAUACUUGCUCAUCCUAAAGUGAAACUUUUCAUUACACAUGGUGGCAUGCACAGUCUGAUAGAAGCAGUGCAUUAUGGCAAACCGAUUGUGGGCAUGCCAGUGUUCUACGAUCAAUAUUUAAAUGUGGAAAAGGCAGUGAGUAAAGGUUUUGGUCUUGCUCUUAACUUUCGAAAUUUCACCAGUGCCGAUCUGCGUGAUGCCAUUUUGAAGGUAUUGGAGAAUCCCAAGUAUACCGAACGAGCGCAAGAGAUCUCGGCGAGUUUCCAUGAUCGCCCAAUGAAACCGCUCGAUGCGGCAAUCUAUUGGACUGAGUAUGUGCUAAGGCAUAAGGGUGCCCCACAAAUGCGCGUGGCCGCACGUCAUUUGAAUUUUCUACAACGUCAUAGCAUGGAUACAAUCGUUUUAUUGUUUGGCAUCCCAUUGCUGUUAAUUAUAUAUUUAAUUCAUCGUAUUUACAAUUUAUUGUUGGCCAUGUUGAGAGCCAAAGACAGUGCGAACAAACAGCAAAAGAACGAAUAAACCUAGGAAUUUCAUAAUGGGUUUACAUACCAAUUUAUAAAGAUAAUGCUAAGCAACUACAUGAAGUUCGAUUUGGUAAAUUAAGGUUUUUGUUAAAGGUUUUGUAAUCUGUUUUAGUACUGAUAUAACAAAUGAGAUCCCAUGAUAGUGAAGUACAUAACAUACAUUUGUUCAGAAGAACUCUUUAAUUAUUUUUACACAUUAACGGUCGAUAUCUAAAGUUUUAAAAAUCACUUCGUUAUAUUUCAAUGACAGAUAGGGGCCAAUUAAUAUAAAUUGAUAGUAAUGUUGAUAUGGUGAAUUUAAUUAGUUUGAAUAAACAGAUAAUAUGUGGUUGUGUAUUAUAUGUAUAUUACACUUCCAGUAGAAGUAAAAUUAGACUUUGGAUGUAGUAAACAAUGCAUUAAUAUUAGGUCAACAACUUUGCUUCCGCCGUUUCCAAUAGAUGUUUCUAGGGUCAAGCACUGGUCGAUUAAAUCUUUUUAUAUCGAUCGUGGACAUUUGUGUCAACAUUAACCCAACAAAAUCUGAACUGAAAGAAUGUCACUUUUUGAGCCGAAUUCUCGACAUUUGCCUCGAUUUUCUCGACAAAAGCCUUAAAUUUACAAAAAAAAAACAGAAGCAAAGUUGUAGAAUAAAAUAAAUAAGUUAAAAAUGUAAACUGUAAAGUAUGUAUGUAUGUGAUUGGCGUUGCAACCGUUUAGCCGGUUAUAGCCGAAUCGACGAUAGUGCGCCACUUCUCUCUCUCCUUCGCAGUUCGGCGACAGUUGGAGAUCCCAAGUGUAACCAGGUCGCUCUCCACCUGGUCCCUCCAACGGAGUUGUAGAAUAAAAUAAAUAAGUUAAAAAUGUAAACUGUAAAGUAUGUAUGUAUGUGAUUGGCGUUGCAACCGUUUAGCCGGUUAUAGCCGAAUCGACGAUAGUGCGCCACUUCUCUCUCUCCUUCGCAGUUCGGCGACAGUUGGAGAUCCCAAGUGUAACCAGGUCGCUCUCCACCUGGUCCCUCCAACGGAGUGGAGGCCUUCCCUUUCCUCGGCUUCCUUCGUCGGGUUCUGCAUCGAACACUUUCAGGGCUGGAGUGUUAUCGUCCAUUCGGACAACAUGACCUAGCCAGCAUAGCCACUGUCUUCAUAUUCGCUGAACUAUGUCUAUGUCGUCGUAUAACUCGUACGGUUCAUCGUUCCAUCGUCUGCGGUAUUCGCCGUUGCCAAUGUUCUGAGGACUAUAAAUCUUGCGCAAAAUUUUCCUCUCGAAAACACCUAGUGUCGUCUCAUCUGAUGUUGACAUCGUACAAGCUUCUGCACAAUAAAGCAGGACGGGAAUGAUAAGCGACUUGUAGAGUUUGAUUUUGGUUCGUCGAGAGAGGACUUUACUGUUCAAUUGCCUACUCAGUCCAAAGUAGCACCUGUUGGCAAGAGUGAUUCUGCGCUGGAUUUCGAGGCUGACAUUGUUCGUGUUGUUGAUGUUGGUUCCCAGAUAUACGAAACUAUCUACUACUUCAAAGUUAUGACUGUUAACAGUGACGUGGGAGCCAAGACGAGAGUGCGCUGACUGUUUGUUUGAUUACAGGAGAUAUUUCGUCUUGACCUCAUUCACCUCCAGACCUAUUCGCAUCGCUUCCUUAUCCACGCGGGAAAAAACAGAACUAAAGGCGCCGUUGUUACUUCCGAUGAUAUCAAUAUCAUCGGCGUACGCCAGGAGCUGUACGCUCUUGUAGAAGAUUGAAUGCGCUUGUUUGAAAACUAAAUUAUAGAUAUAUAUAUAGGUAUUAUGAUAGAUACAUACAUAUGUUUAUAUAAUAAAAUAUUGUCUGUUAUCUUACA